AUACAUCCUACUUCUUAAUCCUAACAAAUUGUCAGAUUAUGAUAUCAGACGAUUGUAGAAUUACGCCAAAUUACGCAUUUUAUACCUUGACAUUGUUUUUACUUUAAAAUAAAAGAAUUGCAUUUUACAGAAUAUGUCGAUUGCGACAUCGAUACCCUUUUGUGCUUGUAUUCGUGUAAGGUAAUCGUAGCCCUUAUCUUCAGUGCACACAAAAUGUAUUGCUUACAAUGGCUAAUACCAGUGCUCUUGAUUCCAAAGCCCGUUAACCCGGCAUUAGUAAAUACACACGUAAUGUUCAUGGUUUUAUAUCUAAUCGGAUUUUUCCUUGAACGAAAGCCCUGUACAGUAUGCAGCGUAAUGUUUAUGGCCGCAGUUGUUCUUAUAUGUUACAGCGGCAUAGGUAAUUGUUUAUUUUGGGGCAGCCAGUGUGAAGUGGAAAAAUAUGACACUUAGUGAAUUUCGCAGAUUUCUAUCAGCGAAGUGCUCAAACUCAAGUGUUCCAGACGCUUUCAUGCAAGACACGCGGCCAAAUCCUGCUGACGUCAUAUUUACCCAAUUAUAUUAGUUACUAUAAUUAUGUAAAUAAAACGUGUUUUGUUUACAUAAUGUUUUGUAUAAUUAUUGUUGGAAUCCCCAGGGGAUAUGUGCCGAUUUGUACUUAUUUAACAUUGUUGUGUUGAUUAAUAAACAUUGUGAUUAUUGUACAGUUAUUGUUAGCGUUUUAUAGUGAAAUAUUAAUAAAAUUAAUCAAAUGUUAUAGAACUCAUUUCCUUAUAGAAAUGUUAUAUACAUUGACACUUAAUGUAUCAUUCAUAGAAAGUUCAAUAACAUAUUCACGUUAGAAUUCAAUUUUAAACCAUG